CGGGCGGGGUGAGUGGGCGGGGGGCAGGAAGAGCAGGUGGUGGGCGAAGGAAGAAAUCCCCUAUACAUCGCACCCAGGAGAAGGACUCACCAUUCGUCGCCAACUCGCCGUCGCCUUCGUCUUCGUCUUCCACCUCUGGAAGCCAAAUCUCGUCGCCACCGGUUAGGUUAGUCUUGAGAGGAAGAUACCAUACAGUUCAUCAUGUCAGGAGGAUCUGGUGAUUCUUCCCCAGCAUCAGGGCGGGCUAGCUUCAGUUCUUUGUCAGAUUUGAAGGACCUAGAACUGUCUUCAGAGUCUGGUUGCUUGUCCAUUGUGGUCCUAGGUGCAUCUGGAGAUCUUGCUAAGAAGAAAACAUUCCCAGCGCUGUUUCACCUAUUUCAGCAGGGAUUUCUACAAUCUGGAGAAGUCCAUAUAUUUGGUUAUGCAAGAUCAGAUAUUUCAGAUGAUGGAUUAAGAGAGCGCAUUCGUGGGUACCUCAAAGGAGCUUCAGAUGAACAUAUUUCAGAAUUUUUGCAAUUAAUUAAAUAUGUUAGUGGCUCCUACAACAGUGGGGAAGGAUUUGAAUUAUUAAAUAAUGCCAUUUCAGAGAAUGAAACUUCAAAUAGCAACAAACCAGGAAGCUCGCGUAGACUGUUUUAUUUGGCAUUGCCGCCAUCAGUGUACCCCUCAGUAUGCAAAAUGAUAAGAUCUUACUGCAUGAAUCCAUCUUCACAUACUGGCUGGACAAGGGUUAUUGUUGAAAAGCCCUUUGGGAAGGACUUGGACUCUGCAGAGCAACUCAGUGCCCAACUUGGAGAGCUGUUUAAUGAACAACAGCUGUACAGAAUUGACCACUAUUUAGGAAAAGAGUUGGUCCAAAAUCUGCUUGUGCUUCGCUUUGCAAACCGUUUGUUCCUACCUCUCUGGAAUCGAGAUAACAUUGCUAAUGUACAGAUUGUAUUCAGGGAGGACUUUGGGACUGAAGGGCGUGGAGGGUACUUCGAUCAAUAUGGCAUCAUUCGCGAUAUCAUUCAGAACCAUUUGUUGCAGGUCUUCUGUUUGGUGGCUAUGGAAAAGCCUGUCUCUCUUAAGCCUGAGCACAUAAGAGAUGAAAAAGUCAAGGUGCUGCAGUCAGUGACACCUAUAAUGCAUGAUGAAGUGGUCCUUGGACAAUAUGAUGGCUACAAGGAUGACUCAACAGUACCAGAUGACUCCAACACACCUACUUUUGCAUCUCUUGUAUUGAGGGUACACAAUGAAAGAUGGGAAGGAGUUCCUUUCAUUCUCAAGGCUGGCAAAGCAUUGAACAAUAGGAAAGCAGAGAUACGUGUUCAGUUCAAGGAUGCUCCUGGGGACAUUUUUAAAUGCAAGAAGCAAGGAAGGAAUGAAUUCGUUAUACGGUUGCAGCCAUUGGAAUCCAUGUAUAUGAAAUUAACUGUCAAGAAACCUGGACUAGAAAUGGCAACCGAACAAAGCGAGCUGGAUCUGUCAUAUGGGCUACGCUACCAAGACGUAAAAAUCCCAGAAGCGUAUGAACGCCUCAUCCUGGAUACGAUAAGAGGGGAUCAGCAGCACUUUGUUCGCCGGGACGAACUGAAGGCUGCAUGGGAGAUCUUCACUCCGCUGCUGCACGACAUCGACGCCGGCAACCUAAAGGCCCUGCCGUACAAGCCGGGAACCCGGGGCCCCCCAGAGGCCGACGAGCUGAGCAAGAGGAUGGGCUACGUCCAGACCCACGGCUACAUUUGGGUGCCUCCAACCCUUUCAAAAUUUUAGCAGCCAGUACCAAUGCAAGUUCUGUUUAGAUGUCGAUUAUUACCAAGUGCUUUGUAAUAAUAAAAAAGGAACUACUACGUACUUCGCAUGUCAGAGCACUGUCGUGCUUAUGCGAUUUUGGAAUUAAAAAAAAAGACUAUAUGCUUCAAGUUACACGUGUUGCUGUUGGAGUUGGACCUGUUCUUAGUUUUUUUGCAAG